GUCUCUUCACACUCCUGGUCGAAGAUUUUGGGGUCAAGGGAGUGCAGGUUGAAGAGAUUUAUGAUCUGCAGAGCAAGUGCCAAGGCCCUGUGUAUGGGUUCAUCUUCCUGUUCAAGUGGAUUGAGGAGCGCAGAUCACGCCGGAAGGUCUCUACCCUGGUGGAUGAAACAUCGGUGAUCGAUGAUGACAUCGUUAAUAACAUGUUCUUUGCUCACCAGCUGAUCCCCAAUUCCUGUGCCACCCAUGCUCUGCUGAGCGUCCUCCUGAACUGCAACAAUGUUGAUCUGGGCCCCACGCUGAGCCGCAUGAAGGAUUUCACCAAAGGAUUCAGCCCUGAGAGUAAAGGCUAUGCCAUCGGCAAUGCCCCCGAGCUGGCCAAGGCCCACAACAGCCAUGCCAGGCCGGAGCCACGGCACUUGCCGGAGAAGCAGAACGGUAUCAGCGCCGUGCGAACCAUGGAGGCUUUUCAUUUUGUCAGUUAUGUCCCCAUCAAGGGACGGCUCUUUGAGCUGGACGGGCUCAAGGUCUAUCCCAUUGACCAUGGGCCAUGGGCUGACGAUGAGGAAUGGACGGACAAAGCCAGGAGAGUAAUCAUGGAGCGCAUCGGCCUGGCCACUGCAGGGGAGCCGUACCAUGAUAUCCGCUUCAACCUGAUGGCGGUGGUGCCUGAUCGGAGGAUGAAGUACGAGUCCAAACUGCACAUCCUGAAGAUGAACCGCCAGACUGUGCUGGAGGCCUUGCAGCAGCUUAUCCGAGUAACUCAGCCUGAGCUGAUCCAGACCCAGAAGUCUCAGGAGUCUCAGCCUUCCGAAGAGGCAAAGCCAGCCAGCAGCAAGACCGUGACCCCAGAGAGCACCCAUCCAGAUGACACCGAUGAGCCCACCAGCCAGGGCCACCCUGCAGCCACGCAGAGCCCGCCCAACAAAUCCAAACCGGUGGCAAAGAUGUCAGCGAGCGGUAUCAAUGGGGCGCCUCCAACAAACCCCAACCCCAUCGUGCAGAGGUUGCCAGCCUUCCUGGAUAAUCACAACUACGCCAAAUCCCCCAUGCAGGAGGAGGAAGACCUCGCGGCAGGAGUGGGUCGCAGCCGGGUCCCAGUCCGACAACACCAGCAGUACUCGGACGAUGAGGAUGACUACGAUGAUGAUGAGGAGGAGGAAGUUCGUAACACCAACUCUGCCAUCAGGUACAAAAGGAAAGGGCAGGUAAAGCAAGAGCACGUGGCGGGGACUGCGGACGGCCAGCUCUCUGUCCUCCAGCCCAACACCAUCAACGUCCUGGCUGAGAAACUGAAGGAAUCACAAAAGGAUCAUGGGGGGAAAAGCUCCCCCCCUUCCAUCAAACCCGGUGAAGAGGCCCCGGUCGCAAUCAAACUGGACGAGAAGGAGGGCAGUGAGGCCAGUGACAGCAAAGAGAAGGAGCUGCUGGCACUGCUGAAGUGCGUGGAGGCAGAGAUUGCGAACUAUGAGGCCUGUCUGAAGGAAGAGGUGGAGAAGAGGAAGAAAUUCAAGAUUGAUGAUCAGAGGAGAACCCACAACUACGACGAGUUCAUCUGUACCUUCAUCUCCAUGCUGGCCCAGGAAGGCAUGCUGGCCAGCCUCGUGGAGCAGAACAUCUCCGUCCGCAGGCGGCAAGGAGUCAGCAUCAAAAAAAAAGACCCGGCCCGCGGAAACCGCUCCCGCCCGUACAAAGCCAAGCGGCAGUAG